AUGAAUAUAUUCAAUCUUUUAUUUACUGCUUUUAUUUUUUCUUUCAUCCUAUUUCAUUCGAAUGCGCUUAAUGUCACUCAUGAUUCAAGAUCCAUUAUAAUUGAUGGAAAUCAUAGAAUUAUCCUUUCGGGUUCGAUUCAUUAUCCGAGAAGUACUGCUCAGAUGUGGUCGGAUCUUAUAAGAAAAGCCAAAGAAGGUGGAUUGGAUGCGGUUGAAACAUAUGUAUUUUGGAAUGCACAUGAGCCAGCUCGUCGUCAAUAUGAUUUUAGUGGAAAUCUUGAUCUUAUUCGAUUUCUUAAAACGAUUCAAGACCAAGGUUUAUAUGCAAUUCUUCGAAUUGGACCGUAUACCUGUGCUGAGUGGAAUUAUGGAGGCUUUCCUGUAUGGUUGCAUAACAUGCCUGGAGUUUCUCUCCGUACUAAAAACGAUGUCUUUAUGAAUGAAAUGAAAAACUUUACAACAUUGAUAGUUGAUAUGGAAAAAGAGAAACUAUUUGCAUCUCAAGGAGGAAAUAUCAUUCUAGCUUAGGUUGAGAAUGAAUAUGGAAAUGUUAUGGAACCAUAUGGAGAUGAGGGGAAAUCAUAUAUUAAUUGGUGUGCCCAAAUGGCUGAUUCUCUUGAUAUUGGUGUCCCGUGGAUCAUGUGUCAACAAGCUGCUCCACCAAAGCCUAUGCUGGAGACAUGCAAUGGUUGGUAUUGUGAUGAAUACAAACCAAAAGACCCUAAUACCCCUAAAUUGUGGACCGAAAAUUGGACUGGAUGGUUUAAGAGUUGGGGUGGUGCAGACCCUUUUAGAACAGCAGAAGAUCUUGCUUACUCUGUUGCUCGAUUUUUCCAAAAGGGUGGUACACUACAAAAUUAUUACAUGUAUCAUGGUGGUACCAAUUUUGGUAGAACUUCUGGUGGCCCAUAUAUUACCACUACAUAUGAUUAUAAUGCACCUCUCGAUGAAUAUGGAAAUUUGAAUCAACCAAAAUGGGGACAUUUGAAGCAGCUUCAUGAUGUUUUACAUUCCAUUGAGUAUAUUCUUACAAAUGGAGAAGUUAAAAAUGAAAAACUCAGCAAUUUAGUCAUGGCUACUAUUUAUCAAACAAAGGAGAAAUCAAGUUGCUUUUUGAGCAAUACAAAUACCAAAAUAGAUGCAAAUGUCAACUUCGGAGGCAUUAAUUACUUUGUUCCAGCAUGGUCUAUUAGUAUCCUUCCAGAUUGUAGGGAGGAAGCAUAUAAUACCGCUAAGGUUUCUUCUCAAACUUCAUUGAUGGUUAAGAAAUUGAACAAAGCUGAAGAUGAACCGAAUUCUUUGAAAUGGAUGUGGCGACCCGAGUUGAUUGAAUCUACUUCUGUUCAAGGAAGGGGAGAUGUUUCUGUUAACAAGAUUGUUGAUCAAAAGGAUAUGGCAAAUGAUGCUAGUGAUUAUUUGUGGUAUAUGACAAGUAUUGAUGUUGCAAAAGAUGAUCCCAUGUUGAAUGGAACAGUGACACUUCGUGUCAAUGAUACUGGUCAUGUUCUUCAUGCUUUUUUCAAUGGAGAAUAUAUCGGUUCUCAAUGGUCAAAAUAUGGUAACAACAAUGUGACAUAUGUUUUUGAGAGGAACAUCGAGCCAUCCCCUGGGAAAAACUUGAUAUCAUUACUUAGUGUCACUGUUGGAUUAAAGAACUAUGGUCCAAUGUUUGAUCUGGUUGGAGCUGGAAUUACAUCACCAAUUGAGUUAGUUUUGAACAAAAAUGACGUCAAGGAUUUGUCAUCAAAUAAAUGGAUAUAUAAAGUUGGUUUGAAUGGGAUUUCGAACAAGUUUUUCGACACAGAUUGUGCUUCAAAAUCAUCAUCCAAAUGGGUCUCCGACCCUAUUUCGAUUGACAGGAACUUCACUUGGUACAAGACAACAUUCAAAGCUCCGUUGGGGAAUAAACCAGUUGUUGUGGAUUUACUAGGUUUAGGAAAGGGCAUGGCUUGGGUGAAUGGUCAUAGCCUUGGUAGAUAUUGGCCAUCUUAUAUAGCUGAUAAGCAGCUUUGCAAGACAGAGACUUGUGAUUAUCGUGGUAGAUAUAGUGAUAGUAAAUGUGUCUCUAAGUGCGGUGAACCUACCCAAAGAUGGUACCAUGUUCCUCGAUCAUUUCUUAAAGACGGUGAGAACACUUUGGUAUUGUUUGAGGAAUUUGGUGGUAAUCCUUCCGGUAUACAAUUCCAAACCGUUGAAAUCGGAUCGGUUUGCAUAAAUACUCACGAAGGAAAAGAAGUGGAAUUAUCAUGCCAAGAUCGACCAAUUUCAAAGAUUAAGUUUGCUAGUUUUGGUAGUCCACAAGGUGUGUGUGGAUCAUUUGACAAAAGUGAAUCUGAUUCGGAAGUGGAUGCUUUAUCAAUUCUUGAAAAGGAAUGCCUGGGUAAAGAAUCGUGCUCCUUCAAAAUCACUGAAGAUAAAUUUGGAAGACCUUCUUGUGAAGUCAAAAAAUUAGCCGUGGAAGCCGUUUGUGAAGAUUUUACUUUUUAA